CCCUCGAAAAAAGAAACCGGAUUCUCUCUCUCUCUCUCUCUCUUCUGUGUCCCAGAGGUAGAAUGCGGCGCGGCUCAAAACCCCAACCUUUCAGAAAACCUCAGCAAGAAACCCAUUACCCUCUACUCUCUACCCCUAAACCGUGUUUAAACUAGAAGAAUAUUAAAGCAAGCACUGCAUUAAUCACUCGUUAGCUCACAAGUCUUCUUUUUCUGCCGAACCCCUCUUUCUUUUCCCUUCUUUUUUGUUGUUCAGUUAGCCUCAGUCUCCUUAUGCCCUUCAUACUAAGCCCUUUCAACAACAACCUGCAUCUCUGUUUCUGGCAAUGAGCUCCUGCUAAAUCUCCAUUGGUAAAGCAUAUAUUGGCGCCUGCAGGGGAAUAAAUGGAUGCCAAUACUAAAGCUUCUAAGCAGAGUGGGGAAAUCAGCAUGGCAGAAAACAAGAAAACAUCAGGUGAAGUGGUUGUGCCUAUCUCUGGCGAUGAAAAAGAUCCUAAGAAACCACCUCCAGCUGCUUCACCGGUGAGGGCAUCAGUUGAUUCUCCUUCAGGUGCUCAAAGGGCCGUGCCUGUAAGUUUUUCUUCCCCUGAAGCUGCUAGCUAUAGUCCAAGCGCCAAUAAGCCUCCAAAAAUUCCCACAACUGAUACCCUCACUAGGAGAAAAUCAAUUGCAAGGUCUGUCUACUCGAAACCCAAAUCAAGAUUUGGUGAACAAUCUGUCCCUGUUGAUACUAACAUGUUUGAUGAGGAUAUUUCUAUAAUUCAAGAGCAUGCUGAACCAAGUUGCAGUUCACCUUACAGAAAUUUAUCUAAUCAGCCUUCACCUAAUGAUAAAAUGGGUUCCAGUAAUGCCAACACAUUAAAAGAGACUAUUAGGAAUGUACCAAUUACCCCCAAGACACCGUUGAUGGCAUCACCUGGUGGUUUUGGAGGAGCAGAUGAGGAUGAGGAGAUAUAUAAGAAAGUGAGUCUCCGGAACAAAUUAAGAUAUCACAGAGUGAAAGUCAAGGUUUUGAUUGAAUGGUUUGUGUUUGCCUGCAUUUUGGGAUGUUUCGUAGCUAGCUUGACUGUUCAUAAGCUGCGACAGUGGACAAUUUGGGGGCUGGAGAUUUGGAAAUGGUGUGCUCUUGUAAUGGUGACUGUUAGUGGCAUGUUAUUUACAAAGUGGCUUGUUCUUUUUGCUGUGCUGUUGAUUGAGCUGGCCUUUUUGUUGAGAAAGAAGGUAUUGUAUUUUGUGUAUGCUUUGCGGAAGAGUGUGCAGUUCUGUAUGUGGUUGAGUUUGGUUCUUCUCACUUGGGUUCUGCUAUUCAGGAGAGGCGUCGAGCGAUCCCGCCUUGCCACAAAGAUUUUGGAUUACAUUACUUGGACAAUGGUAACUUUCCUCAUAGGGGCAUUCUUGUGGCUCUUGAAGACUCUGCUGCUAAAGAUUUUGGCAUCUUCUUUUCAUGUUAAUGCUUUCUUUGAUAGGAUUCAAGAAUCAGUCUUCCAUCAAUACAUUUUACUAACACUAUCUGGGCCUCCAGUUAUGGAGUCGGCUCAAAUGCUUGGCAGAGCAAAUAGUACCGUCAGUCAAUUUAGCUUCAGGAGAACAAAGGCAGGGAAAGAUGGAAAGGAAAAGAAGGAAAAAGCAGUUAUUGAUAUAAAUAAGCUUCAUCAGAUGAAACGUGAAAAGGUCACAGCUUGGACCAUGAAAAUGUUAGUGGAUGUCAUAUCUAAUACAGGUCUAACAACCUUCUCUGGUACCCUUGGCGAAAGUGUUUAUGAUGGAGGAAAUGAGCAAUCCGACAAGGAAAUUACUAAUGAAGAGGAAGCAAUUGCAGCAGCCUAUCACAUUUUCAGAAAUGUAGCUCAGCCUGGUUGCAGGUACAUUGAUGAGAUGGAUCUAAGGAGAUUCAUGAUUAAAGAAGAGGUGGAUAUUGUCUUACCAAUGAUCGACGUGGCUGAGACUGGACAGAUUGACAGGAAAGCUCUGACACACUGGGUGGUAAAAGUUUAUAACGGUCGUAAAGCCUUGGCGCAUGCUUUAAAUGACACUAAAACUGCUGUGAAGCAGUUGGGCAAGCUUUUUACGGCAAUCUUAAUUAUCAUAAUAAUAAUCAUAUGGCUUCUUUUAAUGGAAAUAGCAACGACCAAAGUGCUUGUCUUUCUGUCAUCACAGCUUGUGUUGGCAGCUUUUAUGUUUGGGAAUACUUGCAAGACUAUCUUUGAAGCUAUUAUAUUUGUGUUUGUGAUGCAUCCUUUUGAUGUUGGUGAUCGUUGCGUAGUCGAUGGUGUCCAGGUAACUUUGAUGAUCUGUUUAGCUUUCUCUGCUAAUGAGCUCUUUAUGAAUGUUUUUUCUUACCUUAAACUCUUACAGAUGGUAGUAGAGGAGAUGAAUAUCUUAACAACUGUCUUUCUCCGCUACGACAAUGAGAAGAUAUACUAUCCAAAUUCUGUUUUGGCUUCCAAGCCAAUCAGCAAUUUUUAUAGAAGCCCUGACAUGGGUGAUUCCCUUGAGUUCUCUAUUGAUUUCAAGACACCACUGGAAUUGAUAGGAACUCUAAAAGACAAAAUAAAGAAGUAUUUGGAGAAAAAUCCGUCGUAUUGGCAUCCUAAUCACAGUGUGGUGGUAAAGGAGAUUGAGAAUGUGAACAAGAUAAAGAUGGCUAUUUUUUUCAACCAUACAAUGAACUUUCAGGACUAUGGGGAGAAGAACAGGCGGAGAUCUGAAUUGGUUCUAGAGAUUAAGAGAAUUUUUGAGGAGCUAAAAAUCAAAUAUGACCUCCUUCCGCAAGAAGUUCACCUUGUUGAAUCAAAAUCAGUAACAACUGGGAGCAGCAGAUGACCUUAUCUUCUUUCUCAAAAAUCAGUUUGUCUCUGACAUGUUGGAAGGGAGCAGUUCACUUAUAGGUGACAUUUCCAGGGUAAACAGCAGUUCACUUUCAUGUAUUUCUGCUAGGGGCUGAUUAUACUUUCACGUUCUUCAUUAUGUUGCAGAUACCUGUGGUUGAAGAAAUGAGAAGCUUACUUUCUUGCUGUUAGUGGUCUUUAGUUGAGCUAAAAGCAAUGGCGGAAGAGUAUCCAUCUUUACUAAAUUUUGAGGGAUUAAUGGCUUACCUGAAACACAAGACAUUUCUACUGGCACAUUUAUGUGACUAAAUGGGAGGAGUAGAAUUGUAUUUCGAAACUAAUCUAUUGUUAGUAGCCUGCUAUUGCAGUAGAAUGAUCUCAUAUAAAGCUUCUUGUGGAACCACGAUUGGAAACUCCAUGUUAUACAUGUUCCUAACUCAGAAUGCUUCCAGUUUUAAGUCCCUGGAGUCUUGCUACGAGGUGGCAGCUGCUGCAGGCUAAGGCGUUCAACGAUCUGGUUCGCUGCUUCUAAAGUGCCUAGCUAGUACCAUCAUCAGAGAUUCAAAUAAAUCAUGAGAGAUUGGCAAAUGAGUCGAAUCAUAUACUCAAGAAGUUUAUUACUAGUUUAUUAGAGCAAAUCUAAAGGGUCGACAAUUAUCAAGUGGAUCGGUAACUGAGAUCAGCAAUGGUUUCCACACCUUGCAUUGGUAUUUUGAAAUGAAAUUCUUAGGUUUGUGGGGUAAAUUCAGCUAAUCUUGCUAAAUGAGGUUCUAAUGUUUCCUAAUUAAGUCAGCUUAAUUAUGAAUUCAUUCAUUUCAGUCCUUUGAUUUUUGUUAUAUAUCUAAGUUUCCAACCGAAAA